AGAGCCGAAGAUGUCAGCUCAGUCAUGUGAUCAGCUGUGUCCAAUCACAGCUGAUCCCAUGGCACUGAUGAUCAGUGUGCCCUGAAGAUCUGUGUAGCCCCAGCAGUGCCACCUGUCAGUGUCCAUCAAUGCCAGCUCUCAGUGCUCAUCCAUGCCACCUGCCAGUGCCCAUCAGUGCCACAACAGUGCCACAUUUCAGUGCCUACCAGUGCACAUCAAUGCCACAUAUCCGUGCCCAUUUGAGCUGCCUUUCAGUGUCACCCAUCAAUGCCAGUCAGUGCCACCUAUCAAUGCCAGUCAGUGCCACCUAUCAGUGCUGCCAAUCAGUGCCACCUAUCAGUGCCAGUCAGUGCCGCCUAUCCGUGUGCCUCAGUGCCGCCUAUCAGUGCCCGUCAGUGCUGCCUAUCAGUGCCACCUAACAGUG